CAUGACCUCUCUCACACCUGAUCCUUACUCCUCCCCGUGUUUUCAUUCAUAAUUAAUCACCGACCGAUCACGUUCUCUCUCGCUCCUUCGCAGUUUGUGGUACGCCGAGACUUUUCUCAGCUCAAUCCAAAAAACCAAAAACGAAAACAAGGUCUACAUCAAGUUUUUGCAGUUGAAGUUAAUUCUUGACAUUCCUCUGCUUGUCAGCAUUUUCUAAUUGAUCUUUUUUUAAAAGAGAAGCCAGGGAAUGCUGAAAGAUGUGCAUGACUGUUCAGAACCCUUUCUGUGAAGUCCACAACGUGUUGGCCUUACAACAGCCACUCUUCUUCAGCUCACAUGAGACUGGGCCUUUAAAUCAUAGCUUAUUCAUUCCACAUGCCCAAAAGCACAAAGGGAUAAGCAAUUAUAAAAUGCCACUUGUUUUAAUGCACUAUGUGUGCGAAGACGGUUGAGCUACUUCUACCGUUAAUUACUCCUGCAAGGUAGGUUUCAUACGACAUAUUAGCAGGAGAUAGAGUAGUAUAUAGUCCUCCAUUAGCUCUGGAAUGGACACCAGAAGUGGUGUGUUGAUGGAAAGAUAUGAAUUAGGGAGAUUAUUAGGCCAAGGAACCUUUGCUAAGGUUUACUAUGCGAGAAGUCUCAAAACUGGCCAAAGUGUGGCCAUUAAAAUGAUAGACAAGGAGAAAGUUUUGCGGGUUGGGCUUGUAGAUCAGAUUAAACGAGAAAUAUCUGUUAUGAGAAUGGUCAGGCACCCUAAUAUUGUGCAGCUUUAUGAAGUCAUGGCCACCAAAACAAAGAUUUAUUUUGUCAUCGAAUUUGCUAAAGGAGGUGAACUUUUUGACAAGGUGGCUAAAGGAAGGCUGAAGGAGGAUGCUGGUCGAAAAUAUUUUCAACAAUUGGUCAAUGCUGUUGAUUUCUGCCACAGUAGGGGCGUCUAUCACCGGGAUCUGAAACCUGAAAACUUACUUUUAGAUGAGAAUGAGAAUCUGAAGGUUUCUGAUUUUGGAUUGAGUGCACUUGCUGAAUCAAAGCGCCAAGAUGGGCUUCUUCAUACCACUUGUGGGACCCCUGCCUAUGUUGCUCCUGAGGUGAUUAACAGGAAAGGCUAUGAUGGUGCCAAAGCUGAUAUUUGGUCAUGUGGGGUGAUCUUAUAUGUUAUUUUGGCUGGUUAUCUCCCAUUCCAUGAUUCAAAUUUGAUGGAGAUGUAUAGGAAGAUUGGCAAAGCAGAGUAUAAAUGCCCCAAUUGGUUUCCAGCGGAAGUACGGAAGCUACUAUCAAAGAUGUUGGAUCCAAAUCCCAAUACUAGAAUUUCUAUUGCCAAAAUUAAGGAAAAUUCCUGGUACAAAAAGGGAUUGAACAAACCAACAAUAACUGAUGCGGAGAGCAAGAUGGCAUCUUCUUCAAAUGCUGAUGCAGCUUCUGCUUCAUGUGAGAAUAGUAGUAUGGCUGCUGAGGAAAAGCAAGAAUUAGUGAAAGCUGCAAACUUAAAUGCUUUUGACAUCAUUUCCCUUUCUGCUGGUUAUGAUCUAUCAGGCUUGUUUGAGGAGUCUCAUCUAAGGAAAGAAGAGAGAUUUAUUUCGAGACAACCUGCCUCAGUAAUCAUAUCAAAACUAGAGGAAGUUGCAAAGCGUUUGAAAAUGAGGGUGAGGAAAAAGGGCGGAGGGUUAAUACAGUUUGAGGGAAUGAAGGAAGGUAGAAAGGGGAUCUUGUCCAUUGAUGCGGAGAUUUUUGUAGUCGCUCCAUCAUUUCAUUUGGUGGAGGUGAAGAAAUCUAAUGGAGAUACGCUGGAAUACCAAAAGAUACUGAAAGAGGGUAUGAGACCCGCUCUCCAAGAUAUUGUUUGGGCUUGGCAAGGUGAGCAGCAGCAGCCACAACUAGAACUACAUCUGGAACCAGUCCCACCACAACAGCAAGAACAACUACAGCAGCAGCAGCAACCACAACAGAAAGAACAACUACAGCAGCAGCAGCUGGACCAGUUACCUUGAUCAUUGGUCCAUUGCCAAUGUUCAAUAUUGGAUAAAUUUUGUAAAUUUUUCUAUUCUGCCCUUUUUUCAACAUCUAUUGUGUGUCCUUGUUUGUAUCAUAGCUUUACCAAUAAACUUGAAAUUGUGUUUGCUUUCUUCACAACAUACCGUACAUAAGCAACACAUGUUUUGAUUUUGCAGAUUCUAAAAAUGCUCUCUUUUUUCUGCAA